UCUCGUAAUGGGCCCGAAAUUUUAGCGAUUCAUACGACGACGAAUAGCAGUUGUCUGAAGCUUCUGGAAUUCGUGGAGACUUGAAGGAUGAAGGGGCUUUCCCGCAUCUCUGUCUCUCUCGUUUGUCCACCUCGAUCUCCAAGCGAAAUUGGCGAGCUUGAAGGCGAAGCCAGCUGCUGCAAACCGCCCGCAAUCCCAGGUCGAUAUCUCGGUCUCCGCCAUUUAUGAGGGUCUACUUUCGUGUUUCCCUUUUAUCUUCUUUUUCAUGGCUUGUUUGUUUUGUUAGUCGAUUCAAUACGUCUCGGCGGAAGUUGUUUUAUAGUUUUGGUUGCUUUUCCAGCUUAGAGCCUUCUCUCCAGAAAUUUGAUUUUGUAUUUCUUGCGCGGAAGGAGGUAGUCUGGUUUCAAAUUCCUGGUGCGGCGUAGAGAAUGAGAGUUUGAAUUCCACUAGGUUUCUUGGUUUGGUUUUAGGAAUUAUCGGAACACCAUAUUGAAUCUACCAAGAGAAGUUUGGAUAUUUUGGAGAAUCGGAUCAUCGGGUUAGAACUUGUACGUUAAUUGAAUGUGAGUUUCUUGCCUUCCCGUUGGAUUCACUGUGCAGAGAGUUAUAUGUUUCAGUCUGGAAAUUAGUUCCAGAUGUUGACAAUGAUGCUUCCUAGGCUAUGAAUGAGUGUAUGGUCGAACAUUUUAGAUUGUCCAAUGCGAUGUUUAUAUUGUAUGUAUUAUUGAUUUCUAUCCCUUGCUGGGUUUAGAUUGUGACAUCAAGCAGGAAUGAGAGGAAGAAGCUACAGUUACAGUCCCUCUCCAACUAGAGGGUAUGGUAGAAGACGCAGAAGUCCUAGCCCUAGGGGGCGUUAUAGUGGUCGCAGCAGGGAUCUGCCAACCAGUCUCCUUGUUCGCAACCUUAGACAUGACUGCAGCCCUGAAGAUCUAUGUGGACCAUUUAGCCAAUUUGGUCCUCUGAAGGACAUCUAUCUGCCUCGUGACUAUUAUACAGGGCAGCCUCGUGGGUUUGGAUUUAUCCAGUUUGUAGAGCCUGCUGAUGCUGCUGAAGCAAAGUACAACAUGGAUGGUGAAGUUCUUCUUGGGAGGGAACUAACAGUUGUUUUUGCCGAGGAAAACCGAAAGAAGCCCUCAGAAAUGAGGGCCAGAGACCGUGGCAGGGGUCGUGACAGCGAGCGCAGGAGGUCACGCUCACCACUGUAUAGACAUAGUAGGUAUUCCAGGAGCCCUCAAUACUAUUCCCGUUCUCCUAGAGGAAGGCGAUACUCUAGGUCACCAUCUCCAAGGGGCGGGAAGUAUAGGUCCAUAUCUCCAAGGGAGAGAAGCUACAGGGAGAGGUCCUACUCGAAGUCGAGGUCUCCUUACAUGGACAGAAGCAGGAGCCGGAGCUUCGACUAGUACUUGUGUCUCUAUCUAAGUUGGGAGUUGCAGGGAGGGACGGAGGAGUUUAGGUUUGUGUCUAAAUGUGAGAAGAAUGUGUAGCAUAGUUGCAGUGGAUGACUAUAAUUGAUCAGUGCUGUGUUUAGUAGUUGUGAUCCAUAUGCUUGCGAAAUGUGUGUCAACUUCGUUUGGCUAGGGACAUUACUUGUGUCUUAUGAAUUAACCGUUAAAUGUGUCAGUCCACUCUAAUAGUUGACCGUUAAAUGUGUGUGACAAUUAAAAAAUAAAAAAUUAAUUUUUAA